AUGUCUCAAUUUGGGAACAAGGAUGAGAACUGUGGUAUGGAAUUUACUUCUUCUUACUUUAAGGACUUUCUUGCUUACUACCGUACUGAUGGCUGGCUUGGUAGUGGUGACCCUAUUUGUUCAAGGCUAGUCUCAACCACAGCUUUAUCCGCCCCGGCCCCGGGGCCCGCUCCGGUCCGAAAAGUUGGCUGUUGGAAUCCCAAUUUUAUAGCCGGCUUUAUUGUCAACAUUGCGGGUAGUUUACCCUCAAGAUCAUCCAACACACACACUUGCUGGUAA